AUGACUGAAACUAUUGACUUAUUUGGAAUUUCAUUAUACCCAAAUGAAAUUAUACCAUGUUCUCUCUUGAAAGAAUUAUUUAUUCGUUUGCAAGAUGAAAUGAAUAAAAAGAUUCAACAAAAAUUAUUAUAUCAUCAACAACCCUCAUUUCAAAUUCAACUUACUCAAACAAAUAAUGAAAUUAAAGAACUACAGUCUGAACUUAUCAAUUUGAAAACCCAAUUUCAUCAUAUUCAAACACAACAACAUGAAAUACUACAUCAAAAUAAUUCUGUUCAUUCAAUUACACAAACAUUUGAAACUCAACAAGAUAAAUUACCCCAAACUCAAAGUAAACAACCAAUAACUAACCAAACGUAUCAAAUAAAACUUCCUACUGAAAAACCUCUUUCAAUUGGAAUAAAAGAAAAUCCUUCAAGUACACAUAAAAAUGAUAUUAAACCAUCUAAAACAAUAUUAAAUAGUACUAAUUCGAGAAUUUCAACAAUCAAUGAACAAAGAAAUAGGUUAUAUACUAAUACAUUCUCUGAAUCACUUUCAUGUUCACCUUCUGAUUUUCAACAAGAAGUAGAAGAUAAUCAAAUUCCACUCUCUGGUAAUACUAUAUUUCAAAAUGAAAGUCAAUUUCAUUCUUCUAAUCAUUUAUUUUAUUCUGAAGCUCUUUAUUUUCAUCAACCAUCACAACCUUCUUAUUCUCAAUUUUUAACUAAUUCUACAGUAAAUACAGAAGUAUCAAAACCAGAUAUAACUAAACAUAAUUCACAAAAUGAUUUAUGUAAAUCUAUUCAAUUAUUAGAAACAAGUGAUAAAGUAUUAAAUAAUAUACACAAGUCUAUCUCAUUUUUUAAAGAUUAUACUGGCAAAAGUUCAUAUAAAAUAUUAUUUGAUUCAAAUAAACUUAAAGAUACAAAUUCAUUCCCAUCACAAAUUUUUUUUCAAAGAUGUAAAUAUAUAAAGAAAUUAGCAAUAUUUAUAUGUUAUGGUGAAUAUUUAUUUGGAGUAUAUUAUAAUAGUCAACUUAUUCCAAGUGGUUCAAUUUUUGGAACAUCAGAUUUUCUUUUUUCUAUUACUUCACCAAAAAUUUCUGAAUAUAAGAAAUUUGACAUUAAUUCAAUAGGAAUACAUAAAUUGAUUCUCUCUGGUUUUUAUAAUUCAACUGAACGAAAUAAAUUAUUUGAAAUAAAAUUUAAAUUUGGGUCAAUGGUUAUUUGUUCACCCCCAAAUGAAUGUUUGAAUAAUGAAAUUGAAUUAAUUACAAAUGAUGUAUAUCAACAAAUGGCAAUUAGUUCUUGUAUUCCCAAAUCACCAUUUAAAGCUGAUAGAAUAAUAAGUAUUUCAUUUGAAAUAUGA